AUAUCAUCCCAUGCAUUAUCCUCAUCCUUCAAUAAACAAUAAGAACACCCUUUAAUUUCUUUCCCUUUUUUUCUUCUUCUUCUUCUUCAACAGUGACACUAAACUAUGAGUCUUUUACAAAGCUGGCCUGAGCCAAUUAUCCGUGUCCAAUCUUUGUCCGAAAGCGGCAUCCGAAAAAUCCCCGAUCGUUUCGUAAAGCCGCUUUCGGACAGGCCAUAUAAUUUCACGGACACGAGAACCUCAUCUGUUAAUGUCCCGUUAAUAGACCUCGAAAACCUUAAUUCCUCGAACGAGUUUGUCCGUAAGGAAACACUUGACCUCGUUUCCCACGCUUGUCGUGAGUGGGGUUUCUUUCAAGUGGCUAACCACGGGGUUAGCCACGAACUGAUGGAGAAAACUCGCGCUAUUUGGCGCGAGUUUUUCCAGCUUCCCUUUGAGGAGAAGCAAAAAUUCGCGAACUCGCCCGUCACUUAUGAAGGGUACGGUAGCCGUAUUGGGAUGGAGGUAGGUGCCAAAUUGGACUGGUGCGAUUAUUUCUUCCUUCAUUAUCUUCCGGAAGCUUUGAAGGACGAAAAAAAAUGGCCUUGUCUUCCAGUUUCAUGCAGGAAAUUGGUCGCAGAAUAUGGUCAAGAAUUGGUGAAACUAAGCAGAAGGUUAACUAAGAUUUUAUCGAUAAACCUUGGAUUAAAUGAGGAUUAUAUACACAAAAGCUUUGGAGGAGAUUGUGAAACUAGUGCAUGCUUAAGGGCAAAUUUUUACCCAAAAUGUCCAGAGCCAGACCUUACACUUGGGCUCUCUCCCCACUCGGACCCUGGUGGCAUCACCCUUCUCCUCCCUGACACCGAUAUCGCCGGCCUCCAAAUCCGCCGUGACAAUAACUGGCUAACUGUUAAACCUAUUCCUAAUGCCUUCAUUGUCAAUGUUGGAGAUCAAAUCCAGGUGUUGAGUAAUGCAAUAUACAAAAGCGUGGAGCACAGGGUAAUUGUUAAUUCGAACAAAGAGAGGGUUUCCUUAGCAUUCUUCUAUAAUCCUGGAGGUCACACACUCAUCAAGCCUGCUGAUGAACUCGUGACAAACGAUUGUCCUGCUUUAUAUUCUCCAAUGACGUUCAAUGAGUAUAGAUCUUUCAUCAGAAUCAAGGGUCCUUGUGGCAAAUCUCAAAUUGAAUCACUUAAGUCCCCUAGAUAAUUUAAUUAUUUUUCGUGCUUGGAAUUAAAGUCCUUAAUUAUGUGAUGCUCUAUAUAUAAAUAUGUCCAUUAUAUUGCUUAAUUAAUGUACUAAGUAAGCUCUUGUCUAAUAUGCUUUUACUUUCAAUCAUGAGGAAAUAUAAGAGAAUAUUAUAAUCC